ACGCCGUCCCCAACGAAGCAAAGCAAGCCCACGCCGUUCCCAACCCAGACCACGCCGUCCCCAACACCAUCCAUGCCGUUCAACAGAUUAGCUGCUGUACCUGUACUACUAUUAUGGCUCGUCUCAGUGCUUGCCGCAAGGUUCCCACUGCUUGGAGCAGCGUCGCCACAACCUAGCAGUAAGUGCCAAAGAAAAUGCGGCAGCGUAGACAUCCCUUACCCAUUCGGGAUCGUCCAUUCACCCGACGACGACGAAGGCGACGACGACGGCCACUGCGCCAUGAACGGCUUUGGCCUGACCUGCAACGAGACAGGGACUAAUGGUGGGCGCCACAGGCCAUUUGCAGCUGGCAACGUGGAGGUCGUCGGCGUCUCGCUGCAGCAAGGUCAGGCCCGGAUGCUGAAUGAUAUCUCCGAUUAUUGCUACAACACCACCACUCGGGAGAUGGUCCGCGACGAGUGGUCGCUGGACUUCGCGGGCACACCCUACAUGUUCUCUGACACCACCAACAAGUUCACGGUCAUCGGUUGCCAAACCCUGGCGUACAUCAACGGCGACGAUGGCGACUAUGGCGAUGGCGGCGACAAGUACAUGAGUGGGUGUGUGGCCAUGUGCCGGGGAGACGAUGUGAGGACGACCCUGAGCAACGGCUCCUGCUCCGGGAUAGGGUGCUGCCAGACCGCCAUCCCCAAGGGGCUGCAGUACUACUACGUGGAGUUCGACUCUGGCUUCAACACGACCGAGAUCCACAACGUCAGCCGCUGCAGCUACGCGGUGCUCAUGGACUCGUCCAACUUCACCUUCUCGACGACCUAUGCGACCUCGCCGGCGUUCAUUAACAACAACGGUGGCCAGGCGCCGUUCGUCAUGGAUUGGGCCAUCGGGAACGAGACGUGCGACGAAACCUCCGACGCCGCGGCCGCCGCCGCCCUGGGCGCUCCUCAGGCUUCCUCCUCGCCUGCCCCUCCCCCACCGGCCACCUCCCCUCUGCAGGUCGCCCCCUCCCCUCUGCCGUUCCUUGCCGCCCCUACCCUCCCCCACUUCAAGACGGCGGCGCAGCUCCAUGCCGAGCGCGUCGAAGGCGCCAACAUCUUCCACCGCGUCCGCAUCGUCCUCGCCAUGCAGGGGAAGAACUACUCCAUCUGGCGUGGGCUGAUGGAAGAGGCCUUCGAUCAGUUCGACGUGAACGCCCACGUCUCGCCCGACUUCUCCGAUCAUCAGCACGACCCGACGUGGACCAUCAUCAACAAAGCGGUAAAAACCUGGUUCUACAACACCAUAUGUCCUGAACUUCUCGGGUUUGUUCAGGACCGGAAAGCCACGGCCUUUGAGCUUUGGUCCAAGCUGGAAGCGCUCUUCCUCAACAACCAGCGCUCCCGGCAGUUCCAUCUCCAGACGGAGCUCUACGCCGUGAAGCAGGGCGACUCCACCAUCCCGGUCUUCUGCGCCCGGCUCAAGUGCGUCGCGGACGCCCUCCGCAACGUCAAUAAGCCCGUCGACGACGAUGAGCUGGUGAUCCAGCUUCUUCGGGGCGUCAACCGAGAUCGCCACGGGAUGACGGCUGCCAUCAUCGAGAAGUCGACAAACCCCGUGCCCUUCGAGCAGGCCGUCGGCAUGUUUCUCCACGACGAGAUGACGUCCGGCGGCGCCUUCCCGGCCGGUUCCCACACCGCUCUUGCGGCUCACGGCCGUCCCCCUGCUCCAUCUCCGGGGGGCGUCUCCGGCAGCGUCACCAAGCAGCAGGGCGGUGGCAGCAAGCCCGGCACCCCCUCGCCGAACCAAGGCGCCAACAAGCGGCGGCACUACACCAACAACGGGGGGGUACCAGGGUGCGUCCUCCGGCCCCAAUCCCUGGACUGGGCAUGUGCGCACGCCGCGUUCGGCGGCCCUCCGCAGCCGCUCCAGCCAGCGUACGGGUACACCUACGGCGACCCUCAUCUGCAGCCUGCACCCAUGCCGGCGUUCCCUCCGCAGCAGCAGUACCUCCAUCACCACCACCAGCAGCAGGCGUACCUUCCGGCCCCGCCACAGCAGCAGUUCCUGCCUCCGCCGCCCGCCACGGCCUCUGAUUCACACGGCGUCGACCACGCCGCCUUGAUGGGCGCUCUUCACAACCUGUCCCUACAGUCUCCGAGCGGCGGCUGGGUCGCGGACUCCGGCGCCUCCGCUCACAUCACCUCGGAUCCUGGUAAGCUUUCCUCCGUCGUCCCUGUAUCAGGUUAUCCCCCAGUUUAUGUCGGUAAUGGUAGUUCCCUGCACAUUAGUCACGUUGGUUCUGCUGCUCUUCCAAACCCACAUCGGCCUCUCUAUCUCAAUAACGUCCUUGUUGCACCUGAUCUCAUCAAAGAUUUAUUGUCUGUUCGUCGUUUAACUACUGAUAACAACUGUUCCGUUGAAUUUGAUCCCCGUGGCCUCUCUGUGAAGGAUUUUGCAACCAAGGCGGAGGUCCUCCGGUGCAACAGUAGCGGCGAACUGUCGAACGCUGAGGCGGAGUACCGGGCUGUUGCCCACGUCGUUGCCGAGACCGCUUGGCUCCGCCAGUUGUUGCAAGAGCUCCACCAGCCUAUCGCCAAGUCUACGGUUGUGUAUUGUGAUAAUGUCUCUGCUGUGUACAUGUCAGCAAACCCAGUGCAGCAUCGACGCACCAAACACAUUGAGAUUGACAUUCACUUCGUCCGUAACAAGGUUUCACUCGGUGAGGUCCGAGUGCUUCAUGUCCCUACAUCAUCUCAGUACGCGGAUAUCUUCACCAAGGGUCUUCCCACUGCUACAUUCGCGCAGUUCCGGACCAGUCUCAACAUUCGGCAAGCCCACGAUGAGACUGCGGGGGGCUCCCGCAAGAAGCCUGUGUCCUACGCGUGCGUCAGCAACAACAGCGAGUGCUUCAACUCGCUCAAUGGACCAGGCUACAUCUGCAACUGUUCCAAAGGUUUCCAUGGUAAUCCUUACCUGCAAGAUCCGGAGCACGGAUGCAAAGACAUUGAUGAAUGCAAGCUCCCUCAUCUGUAUCGCUGCACAAAUGGCGGAGUCUGCAGAAACAGGUUGGGAGGCUAUGACUGUCCAUGCAAAUAGAGAUUGAAAGGCCACGCCAAAGGGGGAACCUGCAUAGAUCAUUUCCCUCUAGCAGCAAAGGUGGCAGUCUGUACAAUAGGUGGCAUUCUUCUCAUGGUGAUUAUAUCGUUUCUUGUUAUUCUUCACAAAGAGAAAAAGAAGACGGAAGAAUUCUUCAAAAAGAAUGGUGGCCCUACAUUAGAGAAGGCAAUUGUCAUUAAACUUUUCAAAAAGGACGAGCUCAAGCCUAUUUUGAAGAAGAGCAACUUUAUUGGAAAAGGUUGCUUUGGUGAAGUUUACAAGGGCAUUCUUGACAAUAAACUAGUUGCAGUAAAGAAGCCGAUUAAUGGUUCUGUGCUAGAGAGUGACCAAUUUGCAAAUGAAGUCAUCAUUCAAUCUCAAGUCAUCCACAAGAACAUUGUUAGGCUCAUUGGUUGUUGCCUUGAAGUCGAUGCCCCCAUGCUGGUCUACGAGUUUAUCUCCCAAGGUAGCCUCCAUGACAUUCUUCACAACAGCAAUAACAAGGUGGCUCUCAACUUGGAUGCCCGUCUAAGUAUUGCUGCACAUUCAGCCGAUGGUCUAGCUUAUAUGCACUCAAAAACAAAUACUAGAAUUCUACACGGUGAUGUGAAACCAGCUAAUAUACUUUUGGAUGAUAACUUCAUACCCAAGAUUUCAGAUUUCGGCAUAUCUAGGCUGAUUGCAUGUGACAAGGAACACACUGCAUCAAUCAUUGGCGACAGGAAUUAUAUGGAUCCGGUGUAUCUACAAGAAGGCUUACUCACUGAAAAAAGUGAUGUCUACAGUUUUGGAGUUGUGAUCCUGGAACUUAUUAGCAGGGAGAGGGCAAUGCAUUCUGAUAAUAAUAAGUUGGUAAAGAAUUUUCUUGAAGCCCAUAAGAAACAAAAGAAAGCAACCCAGUUUUUCGACAAGGAAAUUGCAAUAACAAAUGAUUUGGAGAUCCUUGAAAAUUUAGCAAGUAUAGCUGUGGAAUGCCUUAGCCUUGACGUGGAUCAAAGGCCAACAAUGAUGGAGGUAGCUGAGAGGCUACUCAUACUAAGCCGAUCUUGUAAGUUGUAAGAUGUUUGUCACUAAGUUAUUUUUAAAUAAUGGGCAGCAGAGUUCUCCUACAAUAUUCGUAAACGUGUCUCUAGGGAGGCUGAAUUUAUGUACGCUCCAUCUGUAACCGUGUUCUGAAGAAGUGCUUUUUUACCAAAGGCGAAGUAUCGAGUAAUUUUUUUUGAGCUAAUUUUUCUUAUUAUUAGAACUGGGUUUAGAUUAUUAGAUUUUGCUUUUGAGUCAUGCAUGUAGUUGAAUGGUAGAACUUGAGGCUGCGGGCAGUGUGUGCACAUAUACAAGUCAAUAGUCUUAGUUAGUUGAGUCAGUCUUCGAAGGAAAGUGGAUGCAUGUGUGGGCGUCGUUAGGUGAGUAGCAUGCACGUACUGCAUGGAUAACAUUAGUUGUUACUUGUUAGAACGGCUUAGUUGUGGACCUGGUAAUCAGCAGCGUCGUGCGUUUUUAGGAGCGAGGAGACCGGCCGAAACCUAGUGGCCAGAUACACUAGUAGAAAAAGGGCCUAAUGUUCAGCUCAUUAGUUCCGGUUUGCAAUUGAACCGGUACUAAUGUGACCAUUAGUGCCGGAUCCAACGGCUAGGCGGGCGGCUGUCAUUAGUCCCGGUUCUUGGCGAAUCUUUAGUACCGGUACGUGUGAAAGUCUAAAUAUUCUGCCUUGGUCCAUCGGUUAUAUAAUGAACGGCACGUGUAGUGUGUAGAGUUUCAAAGCACUUUACAAGCUGUAUGAAAAAUCAUGACUUCCUUUUCGCCCUCACUUUUCCGCCCCCACUUUCGCAUUAGUUGUGUUCAAGCGAAACCUCACGUUGUUAUUCCUUUUCUGGAUUUUUCUUUUUUUUGAAUGGUUAUCUGGGGAAGUGAAUCUCCACCCGAAUAUAUUCAAUUGAAUUUGCUUAGAAGCCUUGCAGAUCCAUACAAGAUGGGUUCAAGCGAAACGUGUCGAAGAAAAGCACUCAGGGAGCAGCAGGCAGGUGCCGCGCCCAGGCACAGCCACCGGCCAACGUGUCGCAACUAAUGACAGUAAGAGUAUAGGUAGUAGAUAACAAACCAGGGCAGCAGUACCUUACUGUGACUGGGCUGGGCUGCAAGGCUAAGAUGGGGAUGGGAACUUGGUGGUGGACCUGGAGAGGGGAGGAAACGGCAGAGAAGAGUGGCUGUGCUACAAGGCUAAUAACUGGUAUGGUUUGCCCCUUGCUGUGACACUUGCUCCUCGAUAGCCUGCUCUUUCUUUUUAUGGCUAUUAAAAUUUGGAAGAUCGGAACAUAUGCACAACAUAAAAAAUAGUACAACUAGUAACCAGAAAUAGUUAGAAGGUUAUAAAGAUGCAUUAUUAAGGGACUACAUUGAUAUAGGCAAUACUUGUUAGUCAUCUCUUUGUGUCUAGAAUAUAAUGGAUCUUGUUAACAUGACUUGUCGUGAGGAUUUCUAAGAAAAGACUAUACACAUAAGUAGACUGAUCUUGUCUUCUCCAGUUGUUGACAUACAUACAGUUUAAAGGUACCUAAUGUAGUUUGAGAGACGAGUUGACCAUACAGAUAAAAAAGUA